AAACUGAGGCUCAGAGACAGGAAGGGGGAGAUUCGCUCACUGCACUGAGUUCGGGGUGGAUCCAUCAGUCAACUUGGCACACCUUUAUUAAGACCCCGCAGGAUCACCAAGACAGCCACCAUGGCACAGGAGAACGCCGCUUUCUCACCGGGGUCAGAGGAGCCGCCGAGGCGCCGCGGUCGCCAACGCUACGUGGAGAAGGACGGGCGCUGCAACGUGCAGCAGGGCAACGUCCGCGAGACCUACCGCUACCUGACUGACCUGUUCACCACGCUGGUGGACCUGCAGUGGCGCCUCAGCCUGCUUUUCUUCGUGCUCGCCUAUGCGCUCACCUGGCUCUUCUUCGGCGCCAUCUGGUGGCUCAUAGCCUAUGGCCGCGGGGACCUGGAACACCUGGAGGACACCGCGUGGACCCCGUGCGUCAAUAACCUCAACGGCUUCGUGGCCGCCUUCCUUUUCUCCAUCGAGACCGAGACCACCAUCGGCUAUGGGCACCGUGUCAUCACCGACCAGUGCCCCGAGGGCAUCGUGCUAUUGCUACUGCAGGCCAUCCUGGGCUCCAUGGUGAACGCUUUCAUGGUGGGCUGUAUGUUUGUCAAGAUCUCGCAGCCCAACAAGCGGGCCGCCACGCUCGUCUUCUCCUCACACGCCGUGGUCUCGUUGCGCGACGGGCGCCUCUGCCUCAUGUUUCGCGUGGGCGACCUGCGAUCCUCGCACAUCGUCGAGGCCUCCAUCCGUGCUAAGCUCAUCCGUUCGCGUCAGACGCUCGAGGGCGAGUUCAUCCCUCUGCACCAGACCGACCUCAGCGUGGGCUUUGACACGGGGGACGACCGCCUCUUCCUCGUCUCACCUCUAGUCAUCAGCCACGAGAUCGAUGCCGCCAGCCCCUUCUGGGAGGCAUCGCGGCGCGCCCUCGAGAGGGACGACUUCGAGAUCGUAGUCAUUCUCGAGGGCAUGGUGGAGGCCACCGGAAUGACAUGCCAAGCUCGAAGCUCUUACCUGGUAGACGAAGUGCUGUGGGGCCACCGGUUCACGUCCGUGCUCACCCUGGAGGACGGCUUCUAUGAGGUGGACUAUGCCAGCUUCCACGAGACCUUUGAGGUGCCCACACCCUCAUGCAGCGCCCGGGAACUGGCGGAAGCUGCAGCUCGUCUUGAUGCCCAUCUCUACUGGUCCAUCCCCAGCAGGCUAGAUGAGAAGGCGGAGGAAGAAGGGGCCGGGGAGGGGGCAGGUGGGGGGGGAGAUGGAGCUGACAAGGAGCAGAACGGUUGCCUGCCACCCCCGGAGAGUGAGUCCAAGGUGUGACUUAGUUUUCUCCAAACCCCUGUGGCAGACCAGGGGGCCAGACACAGGCACAUGGAAGCUGCAGAGCGGAGAUGGAAGAAGAGGAGGCAGGCAGUGUCCCAAGGAAUGGCUAAAGUUGGGAGAGGCCCACUGAGCCCAGGGUCCAGUAGGACAGGAAGAUGCCCUGGUUUGAAGAGAAUAGAGGGUGAGGAUGAGAGAA